UAUCGGCUGCCUCUACACUGUCUUCUUCCCUGUCCCUUCGACUCCCUUUGUCCAACUUCGCGGAGCAGUGUCCCGGCGGAGUCGAAAACAUCAAACAUUACUUAUCUAAUAUUAUUAUCAUUUCCUCCUGUCUUUCCAUUUCUCCAUUUCUCCCCCAAUCAACCUACGGUACAUUUGGACCUUCCCUCGUCUUGCUGGCUCCUCUCUUAUCGUACUGACUCCCGUCGUUCAGGCAUAUCCAUAUCCCCCGACGCCACAUCUCUUUCGAAUUCUACUGCACUCGCACCGUUAUAACGAUUAGAAGCCUACGCUGGAAUGUACAACAUGAAGCUGACAUGAUUUCCCAUUCAUCUGCCGGCGUCCAACCAUGGGGCCAUCCACAAAGCCCCGUCACCACCGGCCUUGGACGUGUCGAUGAGCCUCAGACCUCCGGCUCGGUUGACCUACCCAACCCGCAAGCCAGACAGCCGGCAGUUAUCGAUUUGACCACAAGCGCCUGGGGGACGCUGGACAGAGAACCUCCUGCGAAGCGCCUGAAGCUGGAUGUGUCCGCUACUUCGUUCAUCCCCAAUGACACCGUCUCCCAUGCCACCGGGGAUGUGAGGACCAGCUCUGCCAUUACGGCCUCGAAACCAUUUUCUGUGCCGUGGCGCGCCCGGCCGACAUGGUCCUUUCAUGCCCUGGUAUCGGAAACCUAUGGUGCGGAACACCAUAAGGAUAAUCAAGCAGCCCGUGUUCAGGAGGGGGAAACACAAACACCUCCUCCGCUUCCCGUCGUACCUUGGAAGUGUCCUCCUGCGGAGCCUUGGGGACAAGAUUGCGCUGCGUCGAGGGACUCUCCCGCGGGCGAUGUGCAGACUACUUCUUAUCGCAUCGAGGUCCCCGACAUUGCGCCGGUUCUGAAGGGCGACAAAGUUGCCGACUUCUCUCCCUGGACGGGACACCACCCAGAGGAUAUUCUGAAUGAACAGACCGCAAAGCAAGGGUACUAUGACCGUGCUCGGGUUUCCCAAAACGAAUCCAACACAGCACGACCUUCGCUGUACGCGCAAUUGAAACAUCGCUCCGGUUUGCAAAUGCUGUCUUCUGUGUUUGCUGCUGCCCUAGACAAGCGACAGAACCAUGACACCGUCACUGCACAGUCCACUUUCAAACCGCCGCCUCGCGUGACUCUGACAGACAAUAAGCGUGAAGCCUGGCUUCGGGAUCUCGCCAAUUCGUCGGUUCCAUUACGUCGGUUGAGUCGCACGAUCCCGCACGGUAUCAGGGGGAAAGUCCUUCUUGACCAGUGCCUCAACAAAUGCAUCCCUGUCGGGCGAGGUGUUUGGCUGGCAAAGUGCGUCGGUGCCAAUGAGAUUCGGGCCUUCAAAAGAAAAGGUACCAACGGCACAGUGGCACUUGGCUUGGAGGCAAAAUGGGUUCGAGACUGGACAAUAAACGUUCAACAGUUCGUUGAGGGCGUAGUAAAUUCGUGCGGAAAAGCAGAUUGGAUGAUGAAAAUGACAUAUACCGUCAGUCUAGCUGCUCGCUUAUUCUCUGAGCAUAUGCUUGAUCACGACCACUAUCUAGAUUGGUUUUUGUCGUCACUUGAGGCAGCCUCCAUCAAAGUACUCCCUGUCUGGCUCCUGAUGCUUGGUGUCUACUGGGAUGGCAUCUUGCGGUACCGGAAACGAGGAAAGCGGUUGGCAGAGAUAUUGCUUGAAAAGAGGCGGCAGGUCAUGCUGUCCAAGCAGGUGGAAUUCCUCCAGCCGCUUAUUGACCGACUAUCCAACUCCAUCAAAAGACUUCUUCGUGAGAACACCUCCUGUGUUGUAUUGCCAGAUUCGUGGGACAACUACAGGGACACACUGGCUUCCUGUUUGGAUUUGGAUGAUCGCGUGGAUAGAGCUAUUUUCCGAAGUCUUGCUGAACGCAACGCUCGAGUCCAACGUCCUAAGGAUAGUCCCGGAACAGCACAGCGUUCCCGACGGCAGCUCACUAUUCAUAUCUUGGACUCUGUCCGCUCCACACAUGAUAUCAACUCUACUUCGACUGCAUGCUUAGACGCCAUUGAAGACAGAGCUGCCUUGGUAUCCACGUUGCUCGAAUGGACAGCCUGCGUUUUCCGUCAUGGUGUCUUCAGGGUAUUCACUGGCGUUCGCCUUUUACGCAAAUGGAAAGCCUGUGGGAUUGACAUCAAUUCACAUAUCCUUGCCUUCCUCGCACAAGCCGGGAACAGCAGUGGGAUGAAAAUGUGCAAUGUGUACCAUGUGAUUUCAGAGCUUGUUAGGUCUCAGACGUUUUCGGUCGGCAGGUACCUUCAAUGGCUGAUGGCUAGAGGUGCGACGGAUAGAGUUCAAUCAAACAAGAGCAAGGUAAGGUGGUCGUCUCACUCAUCACUCCGAGACAGUUAACUAAUGCGAAGGACGUAGACAAUCACAGCUGACGUUGGGCUUCUUGCGCAUCUUCCUGUCAGCCGGUUACCAGAGCAUGUCCGCAAUCUUCGCUACACUCUCAUGGCUCGAGCUGGGUUCUCUGCCUCAGAGGAAUCUCUGAUGCUACAGAUUGUGAAAAAUUCCAUUAGUCAUCGUUUCCCCAAGAUCUUUGGGGCUAAGCCGGAAGCCACUAUUCCGCAGAAUCUGUCUAAACUAAAUUUGACUUGGACCGUCAAGUCAGAAAUCGGGCAGUGGAUUCGACGGGGGGUCGCAGAACAUUACCAUGACGCUGCAAGGGCGAAUAAUGAAAAGGCAUUCCCUGCCGAGGAUGUCUCGGCCCUCACUCCUGAGGAAUUCUACGGCAUCCGUGACAUCUUGGAAAGCUUUGGGGAUCUCUCUAUUCUCGCUGAUGUUCUGAGGAAUGCCUCUGACAGUGAUGAUGCGACCGUUCUUGCUGCAGCUGCAGACACACUUAAUUACCAUUAUGAUGCGUUUUGUCCCAUGGGCGCCACGACGGAUCUGUUUCGGAGAUUCGUUCAGGCAUAUGUCCGGCUUAAGAAUUUUGGAACGUCGAACCUAGACUUCAUCUUUUCCCUCAUUGAACUUGGUCUUCGAAUGCCCGGCGAAUUUAAUACUGUGGCCCUUCUCCGUCAAGAACUUUCUCGCUUGGAAAACAAGUCUUCCAUGACGGCAUUCUCACCAGUCUCUGAUUGUGUGCCCGAUGCAACCACUGAAGGAGGUUCUCCAUGUCACGAAAAGCUGGACCAACUUUUGUCUUCUGGAAAUGGCAUGGAUGAGGCUACUUUGGGUAUGGUGUUCAAUACACUAACUAAGCAGUUGGAGUCCGGCCACAACCGAGGAACGCUAUCUGCAAGUGAUACUUGUCGGUAUCUCGCGCGAUUGAGGUUGUUCCUUCCUAAGCACUUCGAUCUGCUCUUAGUACGCUGGGUUUGUACUGUCUUAAAGUCUCCUACUCGACCGGCGUUGUCAAAAGUUCUUCCUCCUUUAAUCGGUGUCGGUUGCGUUACCAUCCAAGCAUUUCUAUCGCUGUUGAGAAGUCUCUCCCAGCGCGAGGAGACUGUGUCUCGAACAAUUCCCAAUAUGCCUGAUCUCCAAAUGGACUUACUUGAGCUCCUUGUGCCUAUCGAGCCAGGGCAAGAUAGUCCCUUGGACCUGGUCUCUUACCGGUUUCGUUUAGCGCAACAAGAUUACCUCCUUAAACAUCCAGAAGAGGUGCUCGGUAUUAUUCGUGAUACUGCCGUUUCUCUCAAUGGACAGCAUACUCCCAUGACUGAGUCGAGGCAAAACGACUUUCAACACCGCAUGACCACCUUACUUGUCAAUCUACUUAUCCGGAACCCUGAAUGUGCCCCUCAAAAGUAUAUGCAAUAUCUCGACCAGAAUGCAGUACCUCUUGUUGCUUUACAGAAAGCACUAGAUCAUUCGCUUGGUCUUGGUUUGCAAGUUGAUCAAACAAUAAUCCUGCUCGAAGUCGAGAAAAUCAUCAGUGUGACUAGUGACUUCUCUCUACCGUUUUGCCAGUUGAGACUUCAAAUCUUGUUCAAUGCAGAAUCGGACGAGGAGGUUAAAAAUAGCAUAGUGGAUGCAAUGUUCAAGGUCGCAAAGGCGGGCGCUCGUGCUAGAAACCCUCACUGGGUUGACUUGGUUUCGGUAUUGGGCCAGGAUGCUGUGCGACAGAUUCGUGAACGAGCCGAAAAAGAAUUUCUCUCGAUCUCACUGUCGGAAGACCUGACCGAUGGUCGUGCGACAACCGCAGCUGACAGUCAGAGCCCGUUGGAGAUCGCAAGAGUGCAUCUCACUAUCAUCGAUGCCUUGUCCUACAGCAUACCCGAAACCGGCCUUUCCUCCAUUGCGCCCGCUCUCGUAGAGAAAAUGGACAUGCUCUUCCACAAGCUCGCGGUACAGCAGGCAAACUUUAGCAGUUUCACUCGAAAUGCGAAUGGUGUGCUUUCCGGUCAAACUGCUGGGUCUCACUGUGACUUUGAAAAGUCUCUCGCGUUUUGGUUUUCAGCUCUACUUAGGAUGAUUGUCAUACAUCGGUCGGCGUUCAACACGCCUUCUUUAGUACCUAGACCCAACUGCAUGCCCGAGCAAACUCGCCUGUUGGUAUCGAUAUUUUGCAUUGCCCUUUCACGCCUCCCGAGCAGUUUAUUACGUCUCUUCCCUAUAGCGGAUUACUUCCCCCACCAACCUGUACAGUCUAGAGAUUUCCGGCCGUGUCCUGGUAUUUUACUUCAUACGCAUGCCCUGGAUGUGGCGGCAUCUCUUAUUGAUGCUUUUCCGGAAGAGAUCCGGCUUCAAUGUGCUCGAUUUCUAAAAGAGAAAUGUCCGCCAUUUCUCAACUUUCAGAAUGAUCCUCGAUUCGUCUAUCUCCUAGGUCCCGUAGUGGAUCUUACGCCUGCCAAUGCUGCGCAGCCUAUGUCUGUGCCAUCACCAGCUGCUUCUGGCUCCACUCCAGCUGCGACACCCUCGAUUAACCCCCAAGCAGGUUCUCCCGCACAGCAGCCUGUUGGUUCUUUCCCAUGGACAACGGCCGGUCUGUCUGAGGGCCCGAGCUACACAUCUAGCCAUCUUCAUAUUCAGUAUCGUGGUCGUAACAUUGGACCGUUUCCGUUACGUCCAUGGGAGCUGAUAGAAGAUGCUUCUCCCUUUAUGGGUGCGAACGAUACUGCAGUUGGUCUAGGGUACUUUGACGCAAGACGCGUUAAAUCCUAGUCCAUGCUAUUUUGUUUUGAUGACUUCUAAAUACAGCAUUUCAAUCUUUGAAUUUUCGGUUGUUUUUUUCUCUAUAACACGGCUUCUAUACUCCCUCCUCUUCCAUGCCAUGUUCAUUUUGCUCAGGCGUUGGUGUUUGGUAUUACGUUGAUAUAGAUAGGGGAGGUCAAGGUCAAGGUCCAUAUUUCUUUCUUUCCAUUUUGAACGGAUAUCCUUUUUUUUUUUUUUU